AUGGAUAACAACUUGUCAUCGUCUUUGAACUGUAUCAAGAUCUAUCAUCACGAUGAACUGACCGUGCCUCGAACAGUGCUCACAGCACUGGUAGCAUUACUGAUCGUUUGUGGCAACACAUUGUGUCUGAUCUGCCUUCGUAAGACCGUUGCAUUUCCCGACACCACCAAAGUCUUCAUGACUUCGUUAUCGGUCGCUGAUCUGACGAUGGGCGUUCUGAUCUGCGCGCCUUCGACCAUCUCGGCCGCCGCUUCAAGGUGGUUGCUGGGGAGCGUCUCUUGUCUGGUAACAGCCCAUCUCAACUUCUACCUGGUUGCAAUGUCCGUGUUGUCACUCUUGAUGGUCAGUGUAGAUCGUUACCUGGCCAUCACCAGGCCACUCCGCUACCAGACUCUGCUGACUUCUUAUCGAGCCAAGAUUGUAGUAGCUGUCGUUUGGCUGUCGGCUCUGAUCACCAGCCUUGUCAUCUUGUUCCUAGGUGGCUUGCACGUCUGCUACGACGCCAUGUUGAACAUCUGCAUCCCCAUCACAGCACCCGGUAAAAGCAUGAACUUACAGACGCUCACGUGCUUUGUGGUUGUCAUCCUGGUGUCGUAUCUGUCGACUAUAGCAAUCUACGUCCGACUCUACCGAAUAGCUCGAAAUCACGCCAAUCGCAUCCAUGAUGUGAGUGACCAGUUCAACCCCGAUAACAGAUUCCACAGACAUCCGAACAGCAAAGCCACAGUCACUUUUGCCAUAGUGGCCAUUGCCUUUGGAGUUGCCUAUAUUCCUAUGAUAGCCAUUGCUGUGGAUUUCUUCAUAUCCAACAAGGGAUGCCCGCUGUUACUUUGUGGCCUGGCGUCCGUCUGUACGCUCUCCAAUAGUUGGUGGAACGUCGUCAUAUACUCCAUCAGGACUGCCUCUUUCAGACAGUCUUUGAAGAGCUUGUUCCGUCGUUCAUCUCUCCAUGUAGACACCUAA